AUGGCGGCAAAGUUUGAUUGUAUUUUGAUGCAUGGACCACCUUUUUCAGGGAGUGACGUGUACUACCAGAGAUUUCUCAGCAAGGACCAUGUUAGGAUUAUUCCUAAGCAUAUAUUUUCAUUACACCAGGAAUAUGGACUUAGAGAUAUUGUUCUAAAUGUACAUAAGUGUUUGAAGCAGAACCAGAAAGUGGUUGUAGAUGAUGAAAAUGGUAGUUUUGCAAAAAGAUCUGCAUACCUCAGGAUGAUUCAGAAAAAGCUUCCAGAGAAGACUGUGGCUCUUAUUAGUCUUUUACCAAAAUAUGGGGAGGCCCAAGUGUUGUGGAACCAGGAAGUAUGUCUUAAUGAGGAGAAUACAGUGACAGUCAGCUACCCAGAGAUUUCUUCCUGGUUUGAUCCAACAACCGGCCAAGUGGUUUACAGCUCAAAUGAUGAACCUGACGAAGAGGAGGGAUAUAAAGUAUUUAAUAAAAAAUCACAUCUGGAAACCUUUUCUGCAUUCAAGUUUGAUAUCCCAGGUCUGCUGAUACAGAUUGAAGCAAUAUAUCACACAUCUGAUGGCUCACUGAAUCUUAAGAAAGGGAUGAAACAGAUAUGUAUCCACUGGAAUGAACAAAAUCCUGUAGGAAGAAUUAUCUUCAUUCAGUAUGGUAACAAAGAAUCUAUAGAGGAAAUUCUACAUUUGCUGACAAGGUUAGCAAAGCAGCUGGAUUUUCCUAUUUAUCUGUUCCACAUUGUUGAUCCGCCUGCUGCAGGGAUCUUCUCUGAGCCUCCUAAUCCAGGGAUUCUGGCUUUCUUACAAAAGAGACACCAUUUAUUUCUACACAGUACUAAAACUGUGUAUAUAUACAGCAACCAAGAUCACAUGACCAUGGCUAGAGCUGCCGGCUUGAACUGUGUCAAGAUAACUCAGAUUCUACAGAAUCCAGCUCUGGUCAUUGGUAGUCAUGUGAUUACUCGGUCCACUGUCCCAGAAUACCUGAAAACAAUGGAGAUUUUACCUACAGACCAGAAAACACUCGAAAGACCUAAUCUCCCAUGUGUUACAGAGGAGGAGAAUUUCCUGAACGGCAACAUGAAGUGUGUUCUCCCAUACGGGAGACAGGAGUUUAUUUUUGCAAAAGAUUUCAAAAUUGUUUUGAGUUAUCAAGAUCUGUACCAGAGCUGUGUAUCAGUACUUAAACAACCAGAGAACAUCUACACACAAGACGAGGAGAAAGAACGAGAAUGUAAUACUUCAUUGAACACAUCCUUAAAUGAAUCCUCCAGAAAACUGCCCUCAUGGAUGAUGGGAAAAGAAACACCGCCAGUGAAAAAGUCCACACAUUCCAAAACGAUUCUACAGCGGACUGAGAGUUCCAGCUCCACAGAGGGGCAAGGAAGACAAACAAUAUAUGUAAUGACAGAAGAGGAGCUGUUAGAAAUUGCUAAAGAUGUUUUGAAGCAGGCAGGCAGAACAGAUGUGCUGAGAGAAUCUGAUGAGAGUUUAGUAAAUGUUUUAUCCAAGAAGACUAAAAUUAAUCAAAAGGCAGAAACAAACAUGUCAUCAAAUAGUCGUAACUCCAGAGGGAAAUCAAGAAAAGUGGCUGUAACCGAUACUGUGGAGGAGUUAGAUGGUGAUAUGGGGGGAGCAGGCAGACAGACGGCCAGCAGAAAGAGCUCUGUACUGAACGAUCUGAUGGCAGAGACGGGGAUCAGGAAAGCCAGCCCUCGGAAGACCAGAAAACGAUUUCAGCUGAAGAAUGAAGAAAUGGAAUCCAGGAAUCAAGAUGUUAUAGUUUUACCUGAUACCACUAAUGACAGAAUUGCUCCGCGAAAAGUUUUGAAUUUUACAGACGAGGAGUUACCUCAGUCUAAAUCAGUAGUUCUAAAAAUUGGUGAAUCAUCUGGAUUUGAAUCCAUACAUUUUCGUAAAACUGACAAGGACUUAACAGAAACAAAGUCUUACAUGAAGAGUGGUUCUAAAGGCGUUUUCCCCGAUUCUCAGGAACCAGGUCCAUCCCAUGUGUUUACAAGGACUCACUUGAAAUCAAAUCAGCAUCAGGUUAAACACUCUAACACAGUACAUACAGAGACUGUAAAAUCACGAAGAAAACGCGGGACUGAAUUUGAUGAUAGAGAUUCACCUAAACUUAAAAAAACUGAGCUCACUAAUAAACCAGAUUUAUCUAUUUUGGAUGAAAUCUUUUUCUGAAUAAAAAGUUAAUUUGAA